UAAAUAGAGCCCAUCUCGUUUCAUUCCCAACUUUCAGGCAAAUCUCGGCUUUGAAGCGAAACGUGCGAAGGAGAAAGAGAGAGAGAGAGAGCGCGAAAGAGAUGGCUCGUACCAAGCAGACUGCUCGCAAAUCCACUGGGGGGAAGGCUCCCAGGAAGCAGCUUGCCACCAAGGCUGCAAGGAAGUCUGCCCCCACCACUGGUGGAGUGAAGAAGCCCCAUCGUUACCGUCCUGGAACUGUUGCUCUUCGUGAAAUUCGCAAGUACCAGAAAAGUACUGAGCUGCUUAUCAGGAAGCUACCUUUCCAGAGGCUUGUCAGGGAGAUUGCCCAGGACUUUAAGACUGAUCUGAGGUUCCAGAGCCAUGCAGUUCUGGCGCUGCAGGAAGCAGCUGAGGCAUACCUUGUUGGACUGUUUGAAGAUACCAACCUGUGUGCCAUUCAUGCCAAGCGAGUUACCAUCAUGCCCAAGGAUAUCCAGCUUGCUAGGAGGAUCCGGGGUGAGAGGGCUUAGGUUGCAAGGGGUAACAACAACAACCCCCUUGGGAUUUGGUUCUUUAUAGAUAUAUUCUUAAAAUGCGGUUGCUGUUUCGUUGGUUGUCUUGCUACUCUCUAGUGCCUUGUUAUGGAAUAUUAUGAACACAUGACAUUAUUACAUUUAGUAGUUGUAGGUGUGUGUAGUAUUGUUUGUCAGUUUUUAGUAUGAUGUUGGUAACUUGAAUUGUGAACGAAUCACUUAGUGGUAAUAUGCAGCUGUGUAUGAUGAUGAUGCUUAAUCGUGCUGUGUUACUGCUCUACUGUUUAUCAGU